AUAGAGAACCGUUACCUCACCGAGUGAGUACCUUCUAGCGCUUGUAAAGUGGUUCCAUUUUGUUGACUUGUUUCAAUUGUUCAAACCCGACGUUGACUGUCCUGUAUCGACGGCUGGUCCAUUUAUUCGCUUGUUAUCUGUGAUCUCAAUCUCGACAUUCUAGCCAGUCACCAAGGUUUAGUUUAGGCUUCGAGUUUUUCUUUUCAAACACGCCACGUACGCGCGACAAAAUCUAGUGAAGAUGCCCAAACUUUCUCUCCUUUUCUACACGACACUCGUUCUUUCCUUGGUCAUUGCCUCGGACGCAAAAGCAUUCGACCCGAAUCAUCAAGUCAGCCACAACCGCUUCCUCAAGAAGCGAGCUGGGCCCCAGAUUGGCGGUUUUAGUCCUCAGCCUGUCAUCGGAGUAGGCGCUGAUCCUUCGACUGCAACCACUGCUGCGGCAACGCAGUCCACGCCAACGGCAACUACAGUUGAUAGCACACCCGUAUCUUCUGUAACACCUUCAACCUCUUCGUCCUCUGCCACUGUAACAUCUGUUAGCACAUCGCAAAGUCUCGUUAGUCAAGUUUCAUCGACAACGGCGACGACGAGCUUGACUUCUUCGUCGACAUCUUCUUCAUCUUCUACCUCCCCAACGAGCACCCAGUCAACAUCGUUAACACCACCAACUAUCCAAACUAUUCAAUCCAGUCCUUCUGCGAUUGAUGUCACACCUGUACAGGCGGGCUCUCCCACCUCCCAAUCAGUGAUACUUGUCACCAACACCGCUUCUUCAAGUGCAAGUGCCACACCAUCUUCCUUGUCCUCUUCUUCUACCGGUAUCACGCACACUGCCCUCAUCGUCCUCAUUGUCAUUGCUACAAGUGUUGGUGGUUCCAUCAUCAUUUGGACCAUUAUUCGCAAGUGGAAGUUUGGCAAAUCCUCCAGCUUCGAUGAUCGCAUGCAACCUAUUGACUGGCAGCCGAGUAACGACAACGAUGACAAUGGUGGUAUUCCCGGUCUGAACCGCCGUAACUCCACCGCAUCAUCGUUCCACUCAGGCUCCGGCCACGCCGGCAUUGGUGCAACGACACUUAACCCAAUUCCUGAUCAUGAUUUCACCCCAGGGCCUGCCCAUCUCGCACCUGUUGGCGGUUACGCUGACCUUGCGCGUGGUCCCAGUCCUCAGCCCAUGAUGCAGGAACUCGCGCGUGGACCGAGUUACAAGUCUGACCAGUAUGGCGUUCCGCUUCACCAUGGCGGGUACGCCACGCACGGGUACUGAGCCAGGAGAAAAGGCGCGGAGAAUAAAUUUUCUCUCGUAGAGUGGAUAUGCAUCCAAUUCCUGCAUUGCUCCCCUUUUUAUUCUGUCGUAUCAAUUAAUAACAUCCGCUUGCUGAACCAUGCAUUCGCCUCAUUCUCGUUUACAUAUGCGGAUUUAGACGACAAACGUUAUGCUUAUAUUCUUCGCGUCCAUACCCCAAAUCAUCGCAUUUCCAUUCCUUUACCAUCGUACUUAUUCCCUCCGUUGCUAUUCUUGUGUUCUUGGUGUUAGGCACUACUGGUCAAACAGUGCGGUUGGUUCGUUUGCAUGGUCGGGUACUCAUUUUUGUCUGAAUGAAACAUGCGCUUUGUGCAGGUCACAAAUGAAUAU